AUGUCUUCAGACACGAGCACGCACAACGGCAACGUGCGCGCGACCGCACAGACCCAGGCAUCCAAUGUCUAUUCUGUCGCUCAGCGCUCCCUCGACCGCGUCGUCCUGGCAUCCUCGCGCCAGGCCGCGUACGAGAAUGCGUCCGAGUUCGCGCACACAAGGCCAAUCCUCUUCUCAUUCGUAGUCGCGCAGCUCGCAUUCUCCUUCCUGCCCUUCCUACUCUUCAUCGCGUUCAGCGUGUCGACCGUCGCGUUGGCACUCGGCGUUGCCGUGGUCUUUGGUCUUUUCUGGAUAAGCGUUGCUUUCAUGGUUCUCGUCCCGACGCUGCUGGUCACGUCUUCUAUUGCGGUGUCGGUCUGGGGCUGGGCUAUCGGGAGCUUCCUCGUUGCACGAUGGCUCUACGUCCACUCGCCUAUUGGUGUCAAGGGAGACAUGCAGGUAGAUGCCGCGGGUCGCAAGAUGGAGGUUGUUAAGAACGAGAAGGGCGUGGAUGGCAGAGUUGAGCGAAAGAAUUGA